UUUCGUGCUAUGAUAUCGCUUGAGGAAUAAAUUAAACAUUUGAGAAUAUUGUAUUGCAUUAUAAUUAACAAAUAUAACGUUACUAGACGUAUCGUUGUAUUACCAUAUUACCUAUAUUUGCAUUUUAUGUAUUAUCAGAUUAAUUAUUCAUAUCCUGGUACGAUAUGUUUAUAAUAAAAAAAUGCAUGUGGAAAUUAUAUUAUAUAGUUUUAUCGGAGUAAAACACAUCUGUUUUCUCUGCAUUUAAAUAUAACGUAUUUAUUUAUUCAUGCAUCCCGAACGCGACGACGCGACGUUUUUUUUUUCUAUUACAAAAGAGUCCGAAAAGCUCCACGCUUUUCCGCUCUUCAUCAUCACUUUAUUGUUGUGAUGAUGACGGUGAUGGUGGCGAGGCAUCGUAGAUGCCCCUCUGGAUGAUGCUCUGGGUGGGUGUCGCGGUGUAUUGUGGGCAGUUUUGGGUCUAAGCGGAGCACAGCUCGUCAUCUCCAGGAAAGAUGGCUGCUCUGGGCACCACAGCGGCUCUUCCUCCAGAUGUCAGUCCCGGUUUCGCGGUGGUCUGCUCGUUUCUGGAGCGCUACGGGUCUGUUCUGGAUCUGCCCGAGCUGACUUUCCCUCAGCUCGAGCGGUACUUACAGGAGACAUCCGCGGUUCCCCGGCCGUUGAUCGAGCUCCAUGUCAAACUACUGCGGAAAAUUGGCAAGACGGUCACUCCGGACAGAUGGGAGAAGUACCUUGUAAAGGUGUGCCAGGAAUUUAACAGCACCUGGGCAUGGGAAAUGGAGAGAAAAAGCUACCUGGAAAUGACCGUAGAGUGCAAGACUGGCAUUUUAAAGUACUUGUGCGAGUGCCAGUUUGACGACAAUCUCAAGUUUAAGACGUUAAUCAACGAGGAAGAUCCGGACAAGAUGCGUCUGCAGCCUAUUGGUAGAGACAAGGAAGGUCUUCUCUACUGGUUCCAGUUAGAUCAAGAUCAGAAUAUACGCGUUUAUUCUGAGGAACAGGAUGAUUUGGAUGGGUCCUCGUGGAAAUGCAUUGCAAGGACUAGGAAUGAUCUUGCAGACACGCUAGAACAGCUUAAAGCCAAGAUCGACCCAGCCGCGACGGACCAAGAGAAGCAAGACUGUCCCACCAGCCCGAGCAUGGAGAAAGAAGGUGUUAAAGGUGAGGCUGAAGACUUGAAGAACCACGUAUCCAGAGAUUUUACCUUCACGGCCAACGAGAGUGAGUUAAAACAUAAGGACAUUAAGAAAGAACCGACAGAUCCCAUUAAACCAGAGCAAGAAGAGAAAGUUGCAGAAAUUCUUAAACCCAUAGUUGUCAUUGACAACAGGGUGAGCACGAUCAAAACCCUCGUCAAAGAAGAGCCGAAAGAUUGUCCCAAACCGUGGAACGCCAUUUCCGUCGUCAUGCCUCCUGCUUCUAUCAAACACGACCCGGCGGUGAAAUCAGAGACGUGCGAAGACAAGAAAGAGCUGGUGUUCGAGAACGUGGCUAGAGCUAUAAAGAGCGACCAGCAGGCUAAGAUACCACUGAAGAAGAGGGAGUUGAAAAGGAGUGGAGGAUAUGAUGUCAGCAAUCACUUCAGCAACGUCAAUCACAACAACAACAACCUUAACAGCAACGGUAGCAUCAGCACAGGAGGUAUAAUCGUUCGCAAUCCAGCCGUCUUGCUACUGAAGGAGCAGCAGAUCGGCAGAGAAUACCCAAAUGAUGGGGAGAAAGGACCGACUGCCAUCAUCUCUGCCCCACAAGAACCAAAGGUUGACCCAACGGCAGCGCGGGAACAAUACAUAGGCGUCAUCAAAGGCCCCAUUGAGCGCAAAAAGCCAUCGAAUGAAAAUGAGAAUUCUUCAAAUGGUCAUCAUGGGAAUGGAAAUGCCUUGAAGACUGAAGUUGGAGGAACUGAUAGUGUAAGACAGUCUGUACUUGUUGGGAAAUCCAACAUGGUUCAAGCAGACAACGGUGUUCUUCCUUGUAGUGUCCCUGAGGAUUUGCCGAAAGAUGUUUGCAGUAAGAGCCUUGGGAAAGUGGAGAACCUUGUUGAGGAGCUGCCGACGACUGAGACCACUUCGUUUGAGGAACAAGCUGACGAUAAAGAAGGCGAACUCAAAAGCAAGACGGCUGGUUUGUCAGCCGGAGGAAAAACUGAGGAUGUCUGCAAAGACAAAAGUCUGAAAAGCCCAAGAAAGAGACGUUCACAAAAGACCAAAUCCAAGCUGCAAGCAAGAGAAGACCGGAAAAGCGCCUUCAGCGUUGGAGAGGUUUUGGAAAAGGACACUGAAAAAACCGGACGCAAUGAUGACGAAGAGGUAUCGUCAGAACUUCAGAAGGAAGGGAUUCGCCUGAAGAUUAAGAUCCCGCUUCAUAGACGAACGCCGGAACUCCAGCACAAGGAUUUCGAAUCGGAAACCGGCAAUAGGAGAUCGCUGCGGAGAUCUGCCAGAAUCUGCAAGCCCAGCCCCAAAGUGGCGGAUAGUCGCGAUAGGAAACAAGACGGGAAACUUUCGGCCUCCUCAGCGGCUCAGGAGGAAGAGGAAUGCGUAGAAGACGAAGAGGCGAAGGUGCAUCCCAAGAAGGAGAUGCACAAAAAGGUGGAUGCGGAAGCACAGCCCAAGUCUUUUAAGGGCAAGCGGCGACACAGGCGGAAACGCUGGUCGAAAAUUCGUACAAAAAAUUACAAGUCCAAAGGCGCUCGGGAGCGGGACGAGGAAGCGGCCGACGACAACGAGGAUGACAAAUCAGAGAAAGGAGACCACAAGAGCGAGACCGAAUCGGACCAGUCCAAUGAGAUUCCACCUGAAGAUGCUUGUAAACACUGUGGCCUCGCCAACCACCCAGAACUAAUCCUUCUUUGUGACAUGUGCGACAGCGGCUAUCACACGGCCUGCCUGAGGCCUCCUCUGAUGAUCAUUCCUGAUGGAGAGUGGUUCUGCCCUCCCUGCCAGCAUAAGCUUCUCUGUGAGAGGCUGGAAGAACAGCUUCAGAAUCUGGACACGGCUUUGAAGAAGAAAGAGAGAGCCGAACGAAGACGUGAGCGGUUAGUGUAUGUGGGCAUCAGCGUGGAAAAUAUUAUACCCACCCCAGAUGGCGAUGGAGAGGAGAGCUUGACGGAGAAGAAAAAAGAUGCCAAGAAGAGUAAGAGUCUGGGGAGGCGAUCGACUAGGACGAGGAAAUCCAUCAGUUAUAGAUUUGACGAUUUCGAUGAAGCCAUCGAUGAAGCAAUAGAGGAGGACCUUCAAGAUCCAGAAGGAGGAGGCGCCGGUCGAGGGGAACCCGCGGCGCCCGUCGUGAGUCAGCAGAGGAGCGCGGCGAGCCGGGAGAGUCGGCGGCCCGUGAAAGCUCCCGCCCCGCGCAAGAGGAAACGCCGGCGACUCAAUGACCUGGACAGUGACAGUACGCUGGAUGAGGAGGAGAGCGAGGAUGAGUUCCAGCUCAGUGACAGCAUGGAGGAGGAGGACUUUGUGGUUUCGGGAGACGGCGCGUCUGACGGUGACGUGGGCUCCUAUGACGCCAGCGAGUGGUGCAGUGGUGAAAGUGAUGCCGAGAAUCAGCCGGUCUUCAGGAGAGCGGGAAGAGGCGCUCACACCCAGAGAGCCAAGAGCAGCAGACGCAGACCUCCCUCCCGACGGAGAGGCUCCUCGGAGGAGGAAGACAUGCUAGACUCCGACGAGGAGGAGGAAGAGGAAAUGGAAACGGAAGGCUCUAACGAGUUCAGCGACAGCGACGUGGACGUGAACAGAAGGCGCCCGCGACGGAGUCAGAACUCUCAGGUCAACUACUACGAGACGUCCGAGUCCGACGGCUCGCGGAAGGCGUCCAAUCAGAAACACUCCUCUCUUCCUCACCGCCGACGGCUGUCCAGCUCCAACAGUGAAGAGUCCAUCAUUUCAAAAGACUUUGAGCCAAAGGAACCGCCACGAAGAUCAGAAAAAAGACGCAAGCGCGAUUCGCCGAGGGAAGACUCCAAACACAGGCACAAACGAGAAAAACAGAGACAGCAGAGAAGCUCCAGCGAAGACGGCGAGGAGGACGAGGACGGAGGAGAAACGGAGGACUCUGAGGAAGACGAACAGCCUCUCCGCAAGAGGUCGAACCGCAUCGAAACAGACGAAGAGGAGGAGGAAGAGGAGAACGCGCGAGGAAGCGUCCGGUGGAAGCACACGACGGGGUCUCGAGGGCCCCUCAGGCACAACGGCUUGGUCUCGCUGAGGGCCCGAGCAGCUCAGGAUGACGACGAGGACGAGGACGAGGAAGAGUUCACUGGAGUCACGGACCUUGUUAACUUUGUUUUCGACAGUGAACAGUUGUCAUGAUCAGCUCAGUAGGUUAAAUGCGUUUAUUUUCUCAUCGCCUUGUCACGGGAAUGUCCCUCAUCGGCCACCGUAGUCUCCUGGUUUUGGGUGUAGUGGACCAAAAGUCAAGCUUCCAGAUGAAAGCCGUAGUGUCCGUUCUGAUGUUUGAAUGCACUCUAGUUCAUCCAGCCGCAUGCAUCGUCCUACCGGUUUAGAACAGGGUCUUCUUAAUACUCCAUUCACCAUUCCUCAGAGUAAAGCACUUUGUCAUUUACGGCCAGUAUGAUUUCGUUUGUAUAAAGCGGCUUCGGGUCGUCCUCUGGAGACACUGGGCGGCGCGCAUUUGGAGCUUACGUGUUACGUCGUUUCGAACUGGUGUUUUAGACUUUUACGUUCUCUGUGUUACCGUUUUCUUCUUUUUGUACCUGAAGGAAACUCGGGAUUGAGUCGUGACGCCGAACCUCGCCUGAAUGCAUUCAUUCGUGGAGGAGUAGCUCAGGCUAAAAAUUGAAUCCGCUGAAAAUCUAGAUUCGGGGAAAUGGUGCUCUGCAGUGAACGGGUGCCGUCAGAACGAGCGUCUAAACGGCUGAAGAAAACAUUACGAUGAUCAACAAGUAAUCCACACCAUUUGAGUCCAUCGGUUAACUCCUUGUGAAGUUUGCAAGAAACAAACCCAUCAUUAGGUCGUUUUAUAAUCAUACUCUCGUAAAAUCCAUAAAAAGUCUGUUCGCAUAUUUGUUUAAACUUGUUGUGAUGUUUUUAUCAGCUGUUUGGAUUCUGAUUCGGCACCCAUUCACUGCAAUGGAGUGAUUAAAAGCUACGUUUCUCCAAAUCCGUUUCAGUAGAAUAAACCCAAACUCGUCUGUAUCUCAGACGAGUAAAUAUUCAAUUUCAGGCUGAAUUAUUCCUUUAAACUAACUUAGCAGACCAGCAAAUAAAGGAAGAAGCGCAUUGGGGAUAGUUAAAAGCGAUCUCAAUAUUAAAGAUCUGCAAUUUCGCUGCAAAUGAUUUUAAUUUAAAAGACUAAUAUACGCUCUUUAUCUAAAAUAACAUUUUAUGUUGUAUUACAAAGAAUAUUAUUGACUUAUUUUUUCAGAUUAGGACAUUUUCUGUACUUUGGAAGCUGUUGCUGAAGUUUUAGGACACUGUUUUUAAUUCGUCAACCGAAUGCACUCGUCGUUCAAGCACCUUUGGCGGUCGUUGGUACCGUACCGUUCGACAGCAGUCUGGAUCGCUCUUUUUCGAGUUGUUUUUAAGUGUUUACUACAGGCUGGUGUUCUUUAUGCUGGACGAUUGUUUAAAUCAGAACACUAUGACGUCAUUUCGACACACAUCCACCCCGUUACGAAACAAGUCCUACAUCCAGAAACCCCACGAGCGCCAGAAUAGUAAUGUUUCGAAAUAAUUACGGUCUUCGCCUUUCAGUUCAAGGAUGUGUUUUUGAGCCGUGUACUACUGGAAUUCGUGUUUCCUUCUCGUUUUAUUUCACUCUUACUUUCCAGCUGUACGUCUCCAUAUUUCAAGGAAAUUAUUCACAAAACAGAAAUAAACUUAAUGUUGCUGUUAA